AGUGAAAAGUUGAUAUAAAUAUCAACACAUAAAAGCUUUUAAACCCAAACGCGAGUGAAAAAUUUCCAAGCAAACGCAGUUGCCAUCUGAGAUCAGAAUUGCUUUUGUGUCCAAAGAGACAAGUUGCAAAAAGUGCAAAGAAUAGAAAAGAUUGCCACAAAUAAGUGGUAUAAUGUGUCUGCCAUUGCAGAAACGCGAUAAACGGUAUAAAAUGCGAAAAGCUGUUAUCCAAUAGAGAAAAAUUCCGAUACACCACGUCUCCUUCUCCGCUCCGCACGCAUCCGCGCCCUCACCUGCCACCUCCUUCACGGUCGUUAUGUCUGCGCUAAGUCAAAAAUCCAACAUAUACUAACCUAAAUUCGCAGUGCAAAAAAAAGUAAUGAAAUAAAAUGAAACAGUAGUAAAGCACAUGCCGUCGUAAACAUUUACUGAGGCGAAAAUUGCAGCAACAAAAUAUGUAGUUAUUGCAAAUAAUGUGCUUGUAUGUGAAUAUAAUAUAAUCGUAGUUAAAAUCGGGUGCAGUACUUAACGCGUUUUCAAACAGUUGCAAAGCAGAGGCGUCGUCUUUCAUAUUGUGCCAAAAGAAAGCCCACGAAACGAAAAGCAGUAAAAAUAAAAACAACAAAGCAACGAAGCGCAUCACCUACAACAACAACAACUCAGCUGAAACGACCAACAAUAAAAACAAUACUAGCUCUCCAGAUAUCUACAGUCAACUAAACUUCUAAGCCUCAAGCCAGCUUAACUGUAAUUGUUACAGUUAUUUUUUCUGUUGUUGUUCUCGCUUGUUUUUCGGAAGUUUGUGCAGCAGCAGGCUCUGAAUGUCUUUAUGCUUUAAUCAUGGUGUAUUUUGCCACCAACAAGAACAACACCGACACUAUACGCUGCUAUAUUAGAAUCUUUCUGAUUACAAACCAUGACAGAAGGACAUGAAAGCGACUUCUUAGUUACAGUACGCGCACAGGUAAUGACCAGAGACGAAAGCACAGAAGGCUGGCUACCGUUGGCCGGGGGUGGUCUGGCAAAUGUUUCCAUACGCAAGCGAGCUAGAUUAUCCCCAUUGGCAUCGGGUCAUGACUACAUCAUCUAUGGGCAAAGAAUCUCUGAUCAAAGUGUUAUCUUAAGCUGUGUCAUCAAUCGUGAUCUGAAGUAUUACAAAGUAAUGCCCACAUUUCAUCAUUGGCGCGCCGGCAAACAGCGCAACGGUUUAACUUUCCAAACGGCAGCCGAUGCGCGUGCCUUUGACAAGGGCGUCCUUCGGGCCUAUAAUGAACUAAUUGAUGGACUGGCCAAAUCGAAUCCCACUAUAAUAUGCCCGCCGUUGACCAAAUACGAUUCGGUUGGUGAAGAUGAUGUAUUCAUGACCCUGGACUUACCUGUGGAAAGCGAAAGUUUACAAAAGAUACAUUCAAGCCCAGAAGGCAGCGAAAAAAGUCACAAAAGCGUCAGCGAGCGACAUAAGGAUAGCUACAGCAACAAUUCCGAUUCAGAGAAACUACCAGCGGCGACCAUACACUACAUAUCGACGGAUAAAACAUCAACGGCUCCGGGCCCCGGCAGCGGCAACAAUGCAGGCGGCUCAACUGAUGGGCUGCCGCCGCCGCCUGCCGGUCAGAUUGCACCCAGCGAAAAUUACUCUUAUGUAACGCUGACGGCUGUGCACCAUGACUAUAAUUACCCUGUGGUGGAGCAGCCGGUGGGCGCACAGGUGUUGAAUGCGCGCCGCGAGUCGAUCAGUGCGGUAAAGAAGCGCAAUGCUCUGGAGGCGGCGCAGGCGAUGGCCGCCGCGCAAACGUCGGCGACAUCCGCAGCCAACAAGCCGCUGCACAAACCCAAUGUGUCGGAUAUACUCAAGAAGGAGACGCGCAUGCGGUGCCGCUAUUGUCACGAGCUUUACAGCGAAGAGUUUAAUAGGCGUGGCGCCUGCGAGUAUGCACCGGAUCCGUUUCGCAGCGGCUACGAGUGCAUCUCGGGCAUGGGCUGUGCGCGCUGCAUGAUCUAUCACUGCAUGAGCGAUGCGGAGGGUGAGACGGCGCAGCAUCCGUGCGAUUGUAGCGUUAGUGAGGCGGGCUGCACCAAGCGCUGGUUGGGCCUGGCGCUGCUGUCCCUGUUCGUUCCCUGCCUGUGGUGCUAUCCACCGUUGCGUGCAUGCCAUUUGCUUGGCAUACAUUGCGGCGUGUGCGGUGGCCGCCAUAAACCGAAUGUCUGACAUUUGGAGGCUAGAUUGCAAGGACAGUACGACGACGACUACAGCACCAGGCCCAGAAACCAGCAGCAUUUGCAGCCCGACGAGCAAAACUACAAGAGCCAGCUGCUGCGACUAAAACAGCGCCAGUCGCAGUCACUGUCGCAGCCGCAGAGGCAUUUCUAUAACUGGGAGCUAUCACACAGUCUCGGUGCGCCUCAGCACCAUCCGCCACAGCCGUUAUAUCUGAUGCAGCCGCGCAGCAGCAAGGCCGCCCAAAACGACUAUGGACGGCUGAUGUUCUAAAAGUUUUUGGUUUUAUUUGCCAUUAUUUUUUUAAGUUUCCAGUUUGUUUAAGUUUUGAUCGUUUUGUAACUCCAUUUGAUUUGCCAUAAUUUUUUGUAUAUAGAUAUGAAGAUCAAAUAACGCACACACAUUUGUGCACACAUACAUGCAUACGCACACACACACGCACCAAUUUAUCAUUUAUAAUUGUAAUUUAUGUGUAGAGCUUUCACUUAAUUAUACUUUUGUAAAAACCGGGCUAUUUGUUUAUAUAUAUAUAUAUUAAAUUUACGUAUCAUAUGCUUAAUGAAUAGUAAUUCGUUUUAGUUCUUUAAGUUUUUGCUACUUAACUUUUGUUUACAAUUUGAAAUUGGAGAACAGUAUUAAGCCAAGGCAAGGCACGAAAGUUAUGCGAAUAUACAUUUUUGUGCGUAAUUCCAAUUUGUUUAUAGUUUUAACAAAGCACAAAUUUGAAAUCUGAAAGAAAGAACAUUUUGCAUAACAUAUAACUCAAAGCGCAUUAACUCAAAGCGCAAAUGUAACAACAAAAUAUUGUUUACAAAAAAUAUUAUAAAACAAAAAGAAAAAUUUCAAAACAGUAUACCCCAAGUAAGAAUUGCAAAUUGUUUUUGAACCUUUCAAAGCGGGCAAAGUAAACUUGCAACAACGGCGUUUUCAAUUGAUCAAUUGAUCAAAAAAAUUCAUUUACCAGCCAUAAUUGUUUUAAACCUAAUGUAAUAUUCAUUUCGAUUUAAAAAGAAUGUUUUUGACUCUUCUUAGGGCUCAUGAAGAUUCAAAAUAUUUCUUUUGCAAAAGAAAAUACAAACAUAUUGUUUCAAUAUUUUAAGUUUAAGCAGAUAGUUGGAAAGCUAAAAGAAAAAUAAAAUUGUAACAAUUAAAACGCAACCUUUGCACUUAUGCGUUUGCGCCGCUUAAAUCAACCUAUAAAUAAAAACAAUUUGGAAUUUUUCCAUUACAAAUGAAUAAUUUGGUUUACGAAAACCAAUAAAUAUUAGCUCAUUUGUUAAUGGGGUUAUAACAAAAUA